UGAGCGGGUUUAAGGUUGAGCAGCUGUCCAUGAUCCAACAUUCUAGCGUACACAAAGACGAUAGUGAAGCCGCGAGCAUCGUUAGUGAAGGAUGUUUGGAGCCCUACUUUACCGUGGGCGACCAAUGCCUCUUCUUCGCCACCUUCGCCGAGCUUAGCUACCAAGAUGCUCGUCAACUGUGUCACUCACUGAACGGGGAACUGGCAGCUGUCCUCACAGCCACACGCUUGAAGAACAUUAUUGACUACAUUAAUGACAAUGAUCUGACUGGAAGAAAGUAUUGGAUUGACGGUGACCAAGCCACUGAGGGAGACUGGCGCACUUCCUCGGGUCUGUCUGUACCUAUGGGUACACCAUUCUGGAGUGCAAACCUUGUAUUUCAAGAGCCUAAUAACGGAUAUGAUAUUGAAAACUGCUUGGAGAUGUAUGAUGCAGCAUUAUUUUACAUGAACGAUGUAAGAUGCACUAACCUCCUGACUGCGAUAUGUGAACAAGCACUGGGAAAUGACACAGCAGUAACAGCAAUGCCAGAGGUGCAGGACUGUCCCUUAACCUAUACAAGUGUGGGCGGCCUCUGUCUCUCCUUCAUGACGUGGGCGGAAGAGUCGUGGGAGGAGUCACGUCAGGCUUGUCAUGGCUUCUCAGGGGAGCUGGCUGCUGUUACUGACAUUGAACAACUGAGAGCUAUAUACCUCUACCUGCACCAGGAAG